CUGUCUCUCUCCCUCCCCCCCCCCCCCACACACACACAGAGACAGAGAGAGAGAGAGGCAGAAAUGGAGGAAGCAAAAGGGGUUGUGAAGCACGUGGUGGUGGCUAAAUUUGAAGACGAUGUGUCGCCACAGAAGAUGGUGGAGCUCAUCAAAGGGUUCGCCAAUCUCGUCAAUCUCGUCCCAACCAUGAAGUCCUUCCAUUGGGGCAAGCAUGUGAGUGCUGAGAAUAUGAACGAAGGUUUUACUCACGUGUUUGAAUCAACGUUUGAGAGUACAGAAGGGCUUGCAGAGUAUGUAGCUCAUCCUGCCCAUCUUCAAUUUGCAAACUUGUUCCUCUCCCACGCCGACAAACUCAUUGCGGUUGACUAUAAGCCUACCAUUGUUCAUCUUUGAUUUCAUCAUUUCUGGGACUUGCUCCUUGCUUGUGUUGUGCAAACCGUGAAUCAGUGUUUUCCCCCGAUGAACAGCAUUUUGGAACACUCGGUUCGUUAUGAUACCUGCAUUUUGAUUAAUUGGGUUCUUUUAUUGCACACAUGUCAUCUUAUUAGAGGCUGGUAAUCCUGUUCGAUAUGAAAAAUAUUUUUUCAAAAAAGAAAAUGCGAAUGUAUGUAGGAAAAAAAUGGGAUUGAUGCAUUGGUCAUUUUCUUUCUAAAAAGAUAAUUUUCUAUCUACCAACUACUGUACAAGCGUAAGCACUCUUCAAUAAAGAUUUGAAUUUUAGUUCUU